ACUUUAAACUUAAUAAUAUUACCAAAUACAAGCCUCCUAAUUAUAAACACAAGCUCUUUCUGUUUAUAGUAAGUUUUUAUUAAUAAUGGCCAUUUCUAAGCUUCUCAUUGCUACUUUUAUCCUCUCACUUUUCCUUCUUAAUGUGGUUGAAACUCAUCAAGAGAUCAUUGAGAACAGCGGUCCAAAGAGGUCCCUUCUUGGCAUAAAUUGUGGAGCAGCAUGUGCGGCUAGAUGCCGAUUGAGCAGGAGGCCGAAUCUAUGCCACAGGGCAUGCGGCACUUGCUGCGCGCGGUGUCUAUGUGUCCCACCUGGCACUUCCGGCAACCAAGAACUCUGCCCUUGCUACUACAACCAGAAGACCCAUGGUGGCAAACGCAAGUGCCCUUGAAUCAAAUUUUCUUAAACCUACUUUGUACUACUACGUAUACGUAGUCGCACUCGCCAACGUAUCUAUUUUUCCUACCAUUACGAGUUUAUAUGUAUGUUACAUUAUUUUCUUUUUUGGUUGGUCGAGUAUUGUAUUUUAUGUACUUUAUUAUUGUAAUUGAUUUAUAUGAUUGUUGUUAUGGUUAUAUUUAAAUUUAUUUAAUUAAUUAUUUAUUAGUGAGA